AUGCUGUCCCAGUCUCUCCCCCUCCUGGCCCUGGCCGCCACAGCCUUGGGUUUCCCCGACCUCCCCUUCAAGACGUCCGGCUCUGAGAUCCUCACCUCCAAGGAUACCCCCAUCAAAGUCGCUGGGACCAACUGGCCGGGCCACAAUGAUGUCAUGGUCCCCGAGGGUCUGCAGUACCGCUCCAUCAAGGACAUUGUCUCAGACCUCAAGUCAACGGGCAUGAACGUGGUCCGCCUCACCUACGCCAUCGAGAUGAUCGAUCAGCUGCUGGACGAGGACAAGUCCGACCUGCAGUCCGCCUUUGUCGACGCACUCGGCGAGACGGAGGGCAUGGCCGUCCUCCGACAGCUGCUCGCGAACAACCCCGAGUUCAGCGCGACGAGCUCGCGGCUGGACGUCUUUGACGCCAUCGUCGAGGAGCUCAACGUCCAGGAGAUCUACGUCAACCUCGACAACCACAUCUCCAGCGGCGAGUGGUGCUGCGGUGCCAAUGACGGCAACACCUGGUGGGGAGACGAGCACUUUGACGCGGACAAGUGGGUUCGCGGUCUGGCCUACAUGGCCGAGCACGGAAGUUCUCACCCUUUGCGCAUUCCACCCCAACCGACUAACACGCACCAGGGCAAGGCAUGGCCAAACCUCAUGUCCAUGUCGCUGCGCAACGAGCUGCGCGAGCCAAGCAACAACGCGACCCUCCUCGAGACGUACAACUGGCAGACAUGGUACAAGUACAUGCGCGAGGGCGCCCAGGCCGUCAGUGACGCCAACCCAGACCCGCUCAUAAUCCUCUCCGGGCUCAACUACGACACGACCCUGCAGCCCGUCGUGCGUGGACAGCCCCUGACCCCGGGCGACGAGGUCUUCUCGUUUGACGACUUUUCCGCCGACAAGAUCGUCUUUGAGCUGCACAACUACGACACCAGGGCCACCAACUGCGCCGACAUCACGGGGGCGCUGUACAACGGCGGCGCGCAGGCCAUGGUGCCGGACGACGAGACGACAGUCAACGCUGCGCCCGUGCUCAUCACCGAGUUUGGCUUUGCCCAGACCGAGUACCAGGGCGUGUACGCGACCUGCCUCGCCGACUGGAUGCCCGACAACACGGCCGGCUGGAUGCAGUGGGUCGUCGCUGGCAGCUACUACCUGCGGAGCGGCACGCCUGACUACGACGAGACGUGGGCGCUGUACGACCAUGAGUGGCAGAGCUGGAGGGUGCCCGAGUAUGUCGAGGGCAUCUUUAGCGACUCGAUCGCGGCGACGCUGGCGGAUAAUGCGUGA